AAAUACUAGGGAAAAAUACUGGGAAACGUGCGGUGGAUACCAAAAAUGCGCAUAAUAAUAAAUUUGUACAAAAAAACGCAAUAAACAGUAAAAUAAAAAUAGAAUAAAUGUCUGUGCUACGUUUUCUGGUAACACGACAGGCUCUGGCUGCCCUAACAAGGCCAUCAGCUGUGAAUCCUCUUUGGAAUCAGCAGCUAUUUGCCUCGUCCUUAGCAAGAGCCUCGACAACAGCAACAGCAAAAACAACAACAACACAUUUGCUAUCAGCUGGAACUGCUCCUUCUGUUGGACAAGGACAACAGCAGAUCAGAGGACACAAACGAUUUGGACAUGGCGAGGAUAAGACACCCAGAAUAACAAAAUAUUUCCAUUUUAUGGUUCUAACUUUGUUUUUCAUCUCUGUUUUGGACUGGGGCAAAGUAAAGCGAAUGCUCAUACCUAAAGUUGAUGCAGAUGCUGGACAACGUCCCUCCAAUGCAGCCGGUGUCAAUGGCAGUGAACAGGAUAGUGACAGCGAGGAAAGCGAAGAUGAUGAUGAUGAAUCCACUGGCAGUGGCCUCCACCUGCAUGAGGGUAAAAAGAUCAAGGAAAAAGUUGGUUUCCGCGAGCGGAAGAUAAUUGAGUAUGAGAAUCGUAUACGUCAGUUCUCCACACCGGACAAAGUAUUUCGAUAUUUUGCGACCAUUCAAGUCCCCGUGGCCGAUGAUCGUCAUGAGGUCUAUAUGACACCAACCGAUUUUUUGACUAGCAUGACGCCAGGCAUGAAACAGCCCGAUGGUCUUGGUCUUGAUCAAUAUCGUCGCUAUGAUCCCAAGUCUGUGGGCGAGCAACUCAAUUUGCAUUUGGAAAAGAACAGCAUUUUCUACAAAUUGGGCUCCUAUGGCCUAAUUACCUUCUCCGAUUAUAUAUUUCUACUGACUGUUCUCUCAAUUUCGCGUCGUCACUUUGAGAUUGCCUUUCGAAUGUUCGAUCUGAAUGGUGAUGGCGAUGUGGAUUGUGAGGAAUUCGAAAUGGUAGCAACUUUAGUGCGUCAGCAGACGAGCAUGGGAACGCGUCAUCGCGAUCAUGCAAAUACGGGAAAUACGUUCAAGGGCGUCAAUUCGGCCUUGAUCACAUAUUUCUUUGGGCCCAGUAUGGACGAGAAACUGACCAUUGAGAAAUUCUUGGACUUCCAAGAACAAUUGCAGCGUGAGAUCCUUUCCCUAGAGUUCGAACGCAAGGAACCCAACGAGGAGGGCAAUAUAACUGAGGCCGAUUUUGCUGAACUUUUGCUGGCCUAUGCGGGCUAUCCGCUUAAAAAGAAGCAAAAGAAACUAAAACGUGUGAAGAGACGCUUCCGUGAUCAUGGCACAGGCAUCUCAAAACAAGACUAUUUGGAUUUCUUUCAUUUUCUGAAUAAUAUCAAUGAUGUGGAUACGGCAUUGACCUUCUAUCACAUAGCCGGUGCUUCGAUCGAUCAGCAAACUUUGCAACAUGUGGCCAAAACUGUUGCCAUGGUCAAUCUAUCUGAUCAUGUGGUGGAUGUGGUAUUUACUAUCUUUGAUGAGAACAAUGACAAUCAAUUGAGUAACAAAGAAUUCAUUUCGGUAAUGAAAAAUCGCGUUCAACGUGGUUUGGAGAAACCCAAGGACACGGGUUUCCUUAAGAUGAUGCGCUCGGUCUUUAAAUGUGCCAAGGAAACGAAGCCAGUCCUUUUGGAUUUAUAAAUCUAUUCGAACCAAUGCGCGACUAGUUCAACUAUUUAUUAGUCAAUUUUCUUACGCUUUUUAAAUAUAUAUUUAUUUUAUUUUCUAAUUUAUCAUGAUGUACUUUAAAACUUUUUCUCAAUUGUAACUCUAGUUUAAAAACGAAAAAUAUAUUUAUUCGGAUUUGGUCUGUGAGAUUAUAAGCAUUGAAA